AUGCGUCAAAUGUUCUAUGGUAUUAUUUAUGAAAGUGCCCGCGAUGGUGUAAUACUUUUCCACGGCGAAAAUGUUUGGAAACGGAUUGUUACUGAACUUAAAUUCCCAUCCGACACCUUUCAAUUAUUCGCUCGGUACGAUGCAAAAAUUUUGUUCGAUAUUUGUGAAUGUAUGGUACAUGUUUUACAUGAAGGAACGGCAGAGACAUACUUGGAAUUUUUCGGAGAGGAUUUCGUUCGUUAUUUUGUCAAUUUUGGUUUUGAUAAAAUUCUAAGAGUGGCUGGUCGAACACUCCGCGACUUUCUCUUUGCUAUUGAUCAAUUGCACGACUCGAAUCGAUUCACUUUUCCACAAAUGGAUCAACCAUUGUUUCAUGUUACCGAGGAAAGUCAAUCAGGAGCUACCUUGGUUUACAAAAGCAUUCGCCAUGGAUUUGCUCGCUAUGCUAUAGGCGGAUUAACUGCUGCUGCCAGAACACUUUUUCAAGAACAUAUCAAAAUGGAGAUUAUGCAUGAUUGGUCAACAAAGGAGUAUGCGCAUAUUGCUUUCUGGGUAGAAUUCAAAAAUGAAGGUUUUCAACAAAAACGAAUAACGCAUUUUCCAACAUUGCCCGAUCUUAAUGGAUCAACAUUCUUCCGAGUAUUUCCGUUUUCAAUUCUUAUGGACUCGACGUUGCGUAUACAUUGUAUGGGAGAAAAGAUCUUAGGUGUUUUUCCGGAAGAAACUCCUCUAAUCGGUCGACCACUCGAUCAAGUUUUCCAACUUAUUCGACCUGAUAUUCACGUCGAAUGGGACAAAAUUCUUUCCUAUGGUCGACACAUUGUCUUUCUCAUGGACAAUCGCCUGCCACUACGUGUGGGACCGACAGGGAAGAUUCGACUCAAAGGCCAAAUGAAAUACAUACAGAACAAGAACAUGUUGUGGUUUCUGUGUCAUCCAGUAUUAGGAAGUGCUGAUGAUAUGAUAUCAGCUGGUUUGCAUCUAACUGAUCUGAACUUGUUUGAUAGUACCAGUGAUCUUCUCAUCACUGGUAUUCAUCAAGAACGAGCAAUAGAAUUGGCUAUUGCAAAGCAACACAUUUUCUCUGUAAAACUACGCGAAUCAAAAAGUAAAUUGAUCGAAUGGCGUAAAAGAAGUGAACGUUUAUUGUACUCAAUUUUGCCCAAACAUAUUGCUCUUCUUCUUCAAUCCGGUGUUCAACCAAAUUUUGUGUGUGAAUCUCAUCCGCUUGUUACUGUUCUAUUCGCAUAUAUGGUCGAUUUCAAAGCGUUGAGUCUUCAACUGACUCCUGCCGAUACGAUCCAUUAUCUCAAUGAGAUAAUUAACAAAUUCGAUAAAAUUGAAGAUAAUUAUGAUGUAUUCAAAGUAGAAACCAAAGCGGAUGCUAGUUACAUGAUUGUAGCUGGCCUUAGCGAUAGAUUACAUUUGAAUUCUACCAAACCAGACUCAUCAUCAAUUUCUUCAGUCACUGAUGACAAUGACGAGCCGGAAGAAGAAGUUGCACCUAGUAAAAAUCCACUUGGCUUUCAUCAAACGGAAAUCAUCGCAUUCUUAGCAUUGGAUCUUCUUGAUGCCAGUGCGCACAUCAUCAAUCCAAUCACGCAAAAACCAUUCAAAGUCAAGUUUGGUUUUCAUUCGGGCACUGCAGUAGGCGGUAUCGUUGGUAAGAAAAACAUCCAAUAUUGUCUUUUCGGUGAUACAGUAAAUAUGGCAAGUCGAAUAACAACUACUGGCGAAGUUGAUCGAAUACAUGUCAGCCAUGCGGCUUAUAACUAUCUAGCGAUUGAGAAUCGUUUUAACAUUGAAUAUCGAGGUGAAAUCGAAAUGAAAGGGAAAGGUUCGCAUCCGGCAUAUUGGCUAACGGGUGUAGCAAAGAAGCCAAGUCUUAAUGUCAUCAAUAAGAGCGCAACAGAACUGCGAUGUCCGUUUACUGGUAAAUCUACAAUGGAUUGA